AUGCGGCCUGAUGACAUUAACCCGAGGACUGGGCUGGUUGUGGCCCUGGUGAGUGUCUUCCUGGUCUUUGGCUUCAUGUUCACUGUCUCUGGGAUGAAAGGAGAGACUCUGGGAAACAUCCCCCUCCUGGCCAUAGGGCCAGCCAUCUGCCUCCCAGGCAUUGCAGCCAUUGCCCUGGCCAGGAAAACUGAGGGAUGCACCAAGUGGCCCGAGAAUGAGCUGCUAUGGGUCCGCAAGUUGCCCUGCUUCCGGAAACCCAAGGACAAGGAGGUGGUGGAACUGCUGAGGACCCCUUCAGACCUGGAGUCGGGCAAGGGGAGCUCCGAUGAGCUGGCAAAGAAGGUGGGCCUCAGGGGGAAGCCCCCCCUCCAAGGGCAGGGCGAGGUGCCUAUGGCCAGCUCCAUCACCACCCCCACACCCGCGGAGGAAGGAGAAUGCCAGAGCCGGGUCCAGAGCGGGCAUCAGGAGAAGCCAUCCAGAUACCUGGAUGGCUACUGUCCCUCAGGCAGUCCCCUCAUCUACAGUGCGUUGGAUGCCAAGUGCUCAGCCUGGGACAGGUCUGAGUGCCCUGAGCCUGAGGACAGCAUCUUCUUUGUGCCCCAGGACAGUAUCAUCGUUUGCUCCUACAAGCUGAACAGCCCCUAUGAGAGAUACUGUUGUUACAUCAAUCAAAGCCAAGGCAUAUGGGACCAUGAGACGAUAGUCUAA